AUUCAUUCAAGUGCUUACGCUACCAUUAUCUUGUUCAGUUCGUCCUAGUCUCAUGAUUGUGUAAUAUCUGAUUUUUGUGGAUUAUUUCCUAUAUUGAACCCUUGUGUUUCCACUCUGAACAAACUAUUCAAUCACAUUUCUGUUGGUAUACGCAACUGUUUUACUGUAAUACUGCUAUUCUAUUAUAAUAAUGAUUGAUGCUUCAAUGAGUCCUGCAGCUUAUGUUCUUUUUGAUGAACUAUACACCAAGGACAGCAUCUUCCGCUCCAUAAUUGCAAGUAACAAAACUCAAAAUAUUCGACUUCUGGGCAGAUUUUCUGCCUUCGAAGCUGAUAGCAAUCUAGUUGAAUUGUUGUCUCCAUUUCAAGGUGAUUCUAUUCCUUGCGUUAUUGUCGAUGUAAAAUACCUAAGUGAAAAUCAGAAGCAAUGUCUUUCAAACCAUUCAGCUAAUGAACGCUUGAUACAAUUCAUUGGAGAGCUAAGUAUAUCAUUAAAAGAUGGAAAGCAUUAUCAUCUUACAGCGUUUUCAUUUACAUUUAUGGAUGGUGUGAGUCUAGAUUUAUAUAGAACUGUAACAAAAAUAACUCGAAGUUAUAUUUCAUAUUUACCGUCUGUGUGACUUAUUUUUAAGCUUUUGUAUAUAUAUUACAAUCAUUCUGUUUUUCUUUUGUGGUAAUUAAAUUAUUUGUUGACCGAAUAAAUAGAUUGUGAGUAAACAA